CGAAGAUUUUGGUAAGGGUUUUGGGAAGCUGGCCGCACACCCCCCACCAAAUGUUUCCGGCCGGGAGGCUCAUAUAGGUAGCUUGGGAGAGUAUGACUAAUGACUUGGGUGGUUUUGCCAGUUACAAAUGUUUUUAAGUGUGUACGUGAUAAAUCUACAUUAGCAGUUGGAGUUGAGCCAGUUCAUGUCGUGAGUUUGCGUGUGGCAAGGUCAUGAACACCACGAAGGGUUAGAGUUACGCCGGAACUGUGAGUCAUAUGUCAGCCUUCAACUUCCGCCAUGCAAAAAGGUAUUCAGUUCCCCUGGUCUAAUGCCAAUAUAAGUGUAAAAGGCGGUAAUCUGAUUUUCUGGGUUGACACUGAAUUCCCGGGACUGACAGACUAAACAGCAGGGAGAAGUCGAGCUGUUCAUGCAAGGUCCAAUUCUAGUGCGAUGAUUCUUCGUUUCCUGUCGAAAGCGUUGUUGGUGUUCGUUCUGGUUCUUGUACUAAACUGCGAAGCACAGCCAUGCUCAGUUUCUGACAUCCGUGAUAAGACAGGAAACGUGCCUAAGGUUGUUGACGUCAUCGCAGGAAAGGAUGUUCGACUUACUUGCCAGGUUAAAAAAAAUGGUGUAGUCACUACCUGGCUUAAGAAUAACAAGACAAUUAGUCCAUCGGACCAUCCGAGGAUGAGACUCAAAUUGAACAAAUUCUUAAAGAUAAAGAGAGUUCAAAAAGACGACGCUGGAUUCUACACGUGUGUAGCUGAGAAUGACUGCGGAAGAAAUACGUAUACUUUGCAGCUUUUUGUUGGAACUGCUCCGAAAUUCACAGUACCACCGGAUGAGCUAUCGCGCAGCCUACUCGUAUUACCAACCGGCAACUCAGUGAGGCUGGACUGUUCUGCCGAAGGGCAUCCUCGUCCUACCGUGACAUGGUAUAAAGACGGGACGCGGUUUCUGAAGAGAAAAGGUGGAAGCAGAAUCUACUUGGGUCGAUGGACACUCUUGCUAACCAUGAAGGACUUAGUACCGACUGACACUGGGAAGUAUACCUGUAAUGUGAGCAACGCGUAUGGAUGGAUCAACCAUACUUAUUAUGUGGAUGUUCACGAACGAUCUAGAGCUGAGCCACUGGUUCUGCCGAUGGAUAACGUGACGGUUUAUGAGGGCGAAAACGCCACCUUACUGUGUAAAGCGUUCAGUGAUUCGAUGCCUCAUUUCCAGUGGCUGCGAUGGCAUUCAUCUCCUUCAAACAGUACGACCAACAGUACAAUCGAACAUCCACACUACGAAGUAAUUAAACGUAACGUACAAGAUUCAAACCAUCAUUUAGUUUUUCCACCAACCAACAACAAGUUUGAUUUCCAUGGAGUGAAGCUGACUUUGGUUAAUGUAACUAAGAAGGACGAAGGAAAAUACGCUUGCAUUGUGGGAAAUGCGGUCGGUUACGCCGUGGAGCUGGCCUACAUCAUUGUUUACAGACAGAACGGUAAGUAAUCAUUGCUAAUUGUGAAUGAGUGGCACAGUUUUCUCACUUUCGGAAUUCUUUGACUUUUUCCUGCCACUUUACGAAGCUAUCAAACCGGAACAUUACUCAAACCAGCAUCCACGUUUAUCGAAAAAGAAAAACAAGUUUGAUUUCCAUGGAGUGGAGCUAAUUUUGGUUAACAACAAAGAAGCAUGAAGGAAAAUACGCUUGCAUUGUGGAAAAUGCAUUGGGUUACGCCAUAGAACAAGCCUAAACCAUUGUCUGCAGACUAAACCGUAAGUAAUUGCCUGGGCAGGCUUUCCGGGCAGAGCCGGAAAGCCGAGGAGGCACCAUAGAAUCCGCGCGUGUAUGAAGAAAUGGAUAUAAAUAUUGUAGAGGUUAGAAAAUCGAUUUGACCAAACUUUGGCGAGUCUAAGCGUAGCGGGUAAUUUUUCAGCAUGCAGAUAAAGUGCUCUGGGUAAUUUAUUUCACGAGGUUGCUUCGGCAGGUCCUUCGGGAGUAUUCUGUGCGCCCUCAAGAACGGUUAAUCCAAACGUAACCUUUUAAAAGUGCCUUGCUUCUGACAUUGAUUUCUUUCAAGUUAUUGAGCAGUACUGGAAAUAAUUUUGCCUUACACAACUUGAUUUGUAAGACAUGUAUCAGCCACGGGGUAGACGACAGACUCGAUCGAAAAACACAACACGCAGACAGAUCAGAAUCUC